GGCUUUCGACCAACAUAGAGCACGUGUUUUGUUGCCGGUCGUUCUUUAUUCUCACCGCGUUUUAAUUACACCCUGUAAUAUUAUUUUAUCAACAAUUAAAUAAUUUUUGAGGUCAUAACCAACCUGUCAUUAUUGUUAUUAUUUAUAACUUAUAAGUAAUUAAAUAAUAAUAAAUAAUGAAUCCGGAAAAGCUUAAAAAGUUACAAGCACAAGUGAGAAUUGGAGGUAAAGGUACACCACGUCGUAAAAAGAAGGUCGUCCACGCAACCGCCGCGACAGAUGACAAGAAACUCCAGAGCUGUCUGAAGAAAUUGUCUGUGAGCACGAUCCCCGGGAUCGAGGAAGUCAAUAUGAUUAAGGAUGACGGUACUGUAAUUCACUUCAACAACCCAAAAGCUCAAGCCAGUCUCAAUGCAAACACGUUUGCCAUCACUGGGCAUGGGGAGAACAAACAAAUAACCGAAAUGUUACCGGGUAUAUUGAGCCAGUUGGGCCCAGAAGGUCUUACCCAGCUAAAAAGAUUGGCGAGCACGGUGGGAGGCAGUGCUGUUGGCAAAGCAACUAUGGAAGAGGAUGAUGAAGUCCCGGAUUUAGUUGAGAACUUUGAUGAAGCCAGCAAGGAAGAGGUCGUCACGAAGAAAGAAGUUGAAGAAACUGAAAAAAAUUCAACUGACAAAAAAGAAAUCAUUACACCAGUAGAUGAGAAAAAAGAAGCAGUAGUUAAAUCUGAUGCUUAAAACGAUACUCACCGGAAAGUAAAUAACGGAUGAGUUAACAAACAUUAAUUGCUUAAGUGAAGAUAAUUUGUAAUUGUAUCAAACAUUACAAAUCUUUAAACCUUGUGUUAUACAAUUAUAUUAAUGACAAAUAACAGUUGAAGUGGAAAAAAAAAAAAAAUAAAAAAAAUCGUUGGCCACAUCUCUAUAACAAUAAAUUUUACGACACUAAAUAUAA